AUGAAACACGGCAGCACAAAGCAGGACACGGAACAGACAAAAGGAAUUGGCUGCCGACUGAAAGCAGGAGAUGCCCAAAACAAGGCUUACGCAGUGACUGUUGAUCUCGGAUGUCCCGUUCGAGCACAUGGGAAACUGAUAUAUCACCCGUCUGAGGGCUCUUCUCUAUCUCGUGCUGUGGCUCUACGAAAAUAUGGACUGAAGGAGGCAAAAAAAAAAAAAAAGGAGUCAACCAAAGGGCCAUCCAAGAAGACCAUGAGCUAG